AUGUCUGAAAAAGCCAGCUGUGAAUAUGGCACACCUAAGUAUUACGCGCUUUGUGGUCUCGGUGGAGUUCUAAGCUGUGGUCUCACACACACCGGGGUAGUCCCAUUGGAUCUAGUUAAAUGUCGUUUGCAAGUUGACCGAGCUAAAUAUAAAAAUAUUUCUCAUGGAUUUAAAAUCACCAUUGCCGAAGAGGGCAUACGAGGUUUAGGAAAGGGUUGGGCACCAACGUUUUUUGGGUACUCUCUCCAAGGACUGGGAAAAUUUGGGUUUUACGAAGUGUUCAAACACAUAUACAACGGUUUCCUAUCUGAAGAAAACGCGUAUUUAUGGAGAACAUCUGUGUAUCUGGCGGCCAGUGCCAGUGCAGAAUUUUUCGCUGAUAUUAUGCUUUGUCCCAUGGAAGCUGUGAAAGUACGAAUACAAACAAUGCCGGGUUGGGCUAGUACACUCAGAGAAGGUGUACCAAAAAUGUACAGAAAUGAAGGCCUUGUUGGAUUCUACAAGGGUCUUCCUCCGCUAUGGGGACGACAAAUUCCGUACACAAUGAUGAAGUUCGCUUGCUUCGAACGCACUGUGGAAGCACUGUACAAGCAUGUUGUACCGAAACCACGCGAAAAAUGUUCGAAAAGUGAACAGUUAGUUGUAACUUUUGCAGCGGGUUACAUCGCGGGUGUAUUUUGUGCUAUCGUAUCCCAUCCUCCUGACACAAUAGUGUCGAAAUUAAAUAAGGAUCCAAAUGCACGCCUGGUGGAAGUUGCCAAAAAUUUGGGGCUAAUGGCAGCAGAUUUACAAUUUGUUUCGUAUUCCGAACAGUCGAUUCUAAUUGUGCUGUUUUACAACUUCAAAAUGUCGCACAAGCAAAUAUGCCUUAGUUAAAUCAAUGCUGGUAAAACAUCAUUGACACGAAAAUCACACCAAACAACAACGUGAAAUUAAGCAGUAUGAAAUGCUUCUUAACUUCUGGAGACUGGGUAACAUGGCUCAGAGCCGAUCACAAUAGCGUCGGUGUAUACACUCUUUGUCUUCCUUAAAAUAAUGAGAUUAAAGUUACUUUAUACCUUCUUUUCUUCCUGUAUUGUAUCCUUAUACACAAUAUUUCUUAUAUAUA